GAUGAGUUUUGCUGGUGCCAUUUUUUUUUUUUGUUUAUGAGUGGUAGUUCAAGUUCUUAUAAGUAGAAAGAUCCUGGUCAAAGUCGCGUUUCUGUUUUCUGCUCUUUUCUUGGAUCGAUCGGUUUUUCGCCCAGUAGAGUAAGUUGCUUUAUACUAGCAUUUUGACCCACAUCUCCAGUAUUAAUUUCAAAUCUUCUUGUUUCACAACAUGGCUAGAUGAUCCACGUGUAAAAAACGGCUUUCAAUUACUUAUUAUGGCAAUUUGGUAAAAAAGAAACUACAGAAAAAAACACAGACGCGCAAGAUAGAGUGGAAAAAUCUGGCACAGCUAUCGCUAUGGACCUGCUGGCAAAAGCGUUGUUGCGAGGUGGGGGGCCCGACUUUCGCGCUAUAGCGGAGCAGGUACCCGUUGACCAGCUUAACGCCCCCUGCAAGAAACUCAAGGAUGAAGCACCGUUGAUUUUUGCCAUCCAGAAUCAAGAUACCGAUGCGGUCCUUGCGCUGGCGCACAUGCCCGAAGUGGAGCUCACGGUCACGAGCGAGGAGGGAACCCCGGCCCUCCACGUUGCCAUCGAAACGGGGUCCUUUCCGCUUUGCGAGGUCCUUUGCAGAGGUAAUUUUGCAGUUUUGACAAUGUAGAAGCAAUACUGGUGGGUUCGGACAAUAUUGUUAUUACUCUUACGAUACUCAUACUUGCUGUGCGUGAGUUUGCAUAUCUGCGGCAUGGUCGUCCAUGCAGAAACCGGAAUGUCAAAGAUCAUCUAUCAUGUGUAAAUUAUCACAAAAAUAAACAGCUUUCAUGUUUCAGGGUUACAUGCCUAGCGAAUGGGAAACGUACAUUCUCGCCGGCAAGCAAGAAGAUCCGCGAAUAUUGCAGCUGCUUUUCGAUGGACGAGACCCAAAAAACAGCACAUUCGUCCACCCCUUGAACGGCCGCACGUUGCUGCACGAACUUGUGCUUGAAGGUACUGUCCUUCCAAUGUAGUACUUCCUUGCAUCUAGUAUGUCGAUAAGAAAAGUGGUUAUAGUGAUCUGGUUCUGCUGGUCCGUGACGUUGAUUCAGUAUAUGCUUCGCGAAACCUCCAACACUCCAGGCGCGACGGGGGGCGCUAUCGAAGUUUGUCUGCGCUACAACAUCUGCAACGUGAAUGAAGUGGAUCCCGACACGGGGGACACCCCUCUGGUCGCGGCGGUCCGGCGAAAGCACAACCAUCUGCUGACGACGCUGAUCGAGGGAGGGGCCGAUGUUUGCUUCGAGGACGAGAAAACGGGGUUCACAGCGUUGCACGUGGCGGUACUACUGGGCGCGUCCCAGAAGGUGCAAGAGUUGCUCAAGGACGCCAGCGAGAUACGAAAUAAACUGGGCCAAAAGCCACAGGAUCUGCGAGCACAGCGCCUGCAAGAACUGGAAAUGCAGGAGAAAGCGAAGGAACAGGUAGGUCAGUUGUGGUAGAGACAAAGAUCAAGUAGUAGAUUACAGUCUUUGGGAAUGCACUGGGGUGAGCGUCUUGUUUCUGGGCACCUGUCGUAUUGCUGCUGUUUCUGCGUUCUGGAAGGUUCACUGUCACGCUGCUGUUGUAUCUGUGUAACAAACGAAAUCUCAGGCAAAAAUUGCGAAGAGUAAGGCGCGGCGAGACAAGCGCCACGAAGAGCAGGAAGCGACGUACGAUGCUAGUGAGAUCGCCGAGUUUCUCAAGAAAUACGACAUCACUGACGCCAGCGUGAGUAUGCGAUGUGAAAAAGCAAAAGUCUGCAUUUGUACUUGCGGAAGAAUUUUUGCAUGAGAAAACAAAAGGGCGUGAACAGGCAAAAGUAGUUCUCGUUCGAUUUUCCAGAUCUCAAAAGUAAGUGCAAUGCGGCGACGCAAACCUUUGUCCCCUUCAUAGCGUAAGAAAAGCUUUGCCGUCGAUACGAGUCUGUUGACCAGCUGCUCGAGGAGGCCGUCCCGAACAAGCUACGGAAACUCCUUAACAAGGCGGAAACCGACCAGCUCAUGGAGGCUCUCGACAAGGAGGAUGCGGAACGACAGCAGCGGGCGCUCGAGGACGCGGCAGAGCAGAGCGGUGAUCGGCAGUGGACGGCUAUGGAACUCUUGUGCUGGCGCAUCCUCGUGAUCGCUGCGCCUUUUGUGGUGCUGGCCACGCUAUACUUCGGGAUCGAGGGAGACCGCGCCGCGGUGACGAGCAGUGGGACACGUAGUAGUACCACCGGAAGUUCAGGUUCACCUUCAACUGCAAAAAGAAAAACGGGGGCAGCCGCUUCAGCAGCAGCAGGCAGUCGCACUGGCGAAAGAGGGAGGGGUACUACAGGCGGACGAUACGCGCGACGCAAAUAAACCGAUCCUCCGAAAAAUGGACCGCCUGAACUCAAAGAAAUUUCGUAGGAUAGAAAGAUGACAAGGAUUGUUGAGUAAAACCGUAGCCGUCCGAAGAUGCUGGAUAUUUCUUUGAGUCAGGUGACCCACUUUGCAGGAUCGAGGAUUUUCCUUCGACAAACUAAAGCACGGACGACGCAGUAGUUCGCACUACGACGCUGACGUCAAUGCCGAUGAGCUGUAAAGAUGGGAACGAAAUAUAGUACUGCAUCGUGCUGUGAAGUGAGUAAUUAAUGAUUAGGUACAGCGAUGGAUUCGAAUUAAGUUGUCGCAUUCUGUGGAGUAGAAACCCUGCAAUCCCCGUGCAAUAAGUCAUAUGUGAACGAAGCAUAGUGCAGGUGAACCGUAACUCGGAGUUCGAGUUUAUCCUUGCGGUGGAAUUAUAUCAGCGCUGACAGUCUGCAUCGUUCAUCCGCCUCGAUCAAUAUUUCCAGUUUCAUACACCAAGAGGAAAGAAGAUUAGACCGAGAGUCGCCCCCGCGGCUCCUCUUCAUCAAACUUACGCUUCUUGGUGUUCCAACGGAGUCUUUCUCGCGUACCACUAGCUGGUAAGUUGUGAUGUACACUAGUAAUUCUAAUUUUAAUAUCUAUCGAAGUCAAAGUUGUGGAAGGAUCGGUCUCGUUGCC